CUGCCCUGAGGGUGUGAUCAAUCCACGUUUCUUGAAUGAAUGAAUGAAUGAGUGAGUGGGUGGAAGGAGGGGUGUGUAGGGGGAACAGCCUUUUUCUCGGUAUCCAAGUCUCAGCCCUGCUUUAGCCUCUGCGCUGGGUGCCUUCCCCCCUCCUAAUGGGGUGCCCUUUGCUACCUGCUGAUCUGUCUGUGUCCUAGCUGGGGGACUCCCAGUCACCCCAGAAACCUGGGCUGGGACCAGGCUGAGGUCUCAUUUGAAUGUGAAGCAUCUAAGAACUGGCAGGUGGUAGGGGGGUCCCCUCUGGUAGCCCAACCUGCACUCUGCAAUCUCCCAUCCCUCUGGGUACCCCAGGCCUGGCCCAGUUACUUAGUCUGGGGUGUGUGCAUGUGUGGGGGAGGGUCCCACUGUACUUAUCUUUAGCAGUCCCCAAAGGGUGGCUUUAAACCUCAGUCUGCUGACCCAUUAAAUGGGGAUUCCAAGACAAUGUAUGUGAAAACCCUCGAGGGGACCUUGUCUCUUUCCACCCCAAAGAGCCAGAAUCUCCCUGCCUUCCAGAGACUUCUAAACUUCAUCACACACCCUCACAACCCCCAAAGAGCCCUGGGGGCACCUGGCCCUCCCCCCCCCUCCAGCCCAGGGGAAAGGAAGAAAGAAGUUACUAAGUUUUUGCUCCCAGCUACCCUGGUCCUUGAGGUAGAGUUCCCAGUCCGUCCACCCCUCCCCACCAUCAUGGGGUGGGACAGAAGGGGGAGGCAGGGGUAGCCCCCCCAAUCCCCUGGGGCAGGGGUCGGGAGCUCUCAGUCCUUGGGUGCAGCCUGUAUCUUGCCCCCCAGCUCACCCAGAGACCCUGCAGCCCUUUGGCAGGUGCAUUGAGGGGAGGGGUGGCAAAGCCCCCCAGUGACAAGGAGGAACCUCCCAAGGCCUGCCCCUCCCCUUUCACACCCCCUUGGAGGUAGGAGAAGGGAACAGACAGCCUAGACUCAGAGGCUCCAGAGAGCGGAGGGGAGGGGAGGAGGAGGCAGCCAGAGCUGAGAGCAGGCAGUCUCUUCCCCCUGCCCCUCUGCCUGGCACCACUGCCCAGCCAUGGGGACCUUCGACUUGUGGACAGAUUACUUGGGUUUGGCCCGCCUGGUUGGGGCUUUGCGUGCAGAAGAGGAGCCCGAGACCAGGCUGGACCCCCAGCCGGAGCCGGCCCCAGGCCCAGAGGAUCAGAAGGCCCACCCGGAGUCCCCGCCGGCCCCUGAACGCCUGUGCUCCUUCUGCAAACACAAUGGGGAGUCCCGGGCCAUUUACCAGUCCCACGUACUAAAGGACGAGGCGGGCCGGGUGCUGUGUCCCAUCCUGAGGGACUACGUGUGCCCGCAGUGCGGCGCCACGCGGGAGCACGCGCACACCCGACGCUUCUGCCCGCUCACCGGCCAAGGCUACACCUCCGUGUACAGCUACACCACCCGCAACUCGGCCGGCAAGAGGCUGGCCCGGCCGGACAAGGCGAAGACGCAGGACCCAGGCCACCGCCGGGGAGGAGCAGGUUCCAAAGGUGGAGGGAAGCCUUCUAGACCUUCGCCCUCUUCCUGCAGCCCCUCCGCUUCUGCCUAGGACGCUGAUGCGGGGACAGGGAUGCCGCCUUCUCCUGGGCAGGUGGGGACCCACGCUGGAUGGACGCUGGAUUUCAGAGAAGAUCCACCCUUCCAAGACGGGGCCCUAGGCCCUGCCCCCCAGCCUGGGUUCCUGGCCUUGGGGGCUGUUUGGGGCGAUUGGGAGGAAGGAGCCUGUCCUCCGGGACCCCACCCCGAAGCCCCCUUCCACAUCAGGCUGCCAGACUAGCAAGUUGCUGUCUCCCCAGCCGGGUGCCCUGUUGUCGCUCAAUAAACUUUUAUGA